GGGUGAAUCCUCAGUGGAUAUAACGAGUUAAUUCUGUGUAAUAGACCCUAGGAAGUUUUAUCCCAGACCAGUUGUAGAUAUAGAAGCUUGCAAAAUCGUCUUAGGAUUCAUAACAAUGAUAAGACGUCCGUCCAAAUUGAUGCGUUUUGUAAUAGUAACCGCAGUGGUAGCUGUAUGGAUUAUCUGUAUUUUUAAGAAGGAUGUUUUCAGCAAGGUACGCAAGAAUUUUCAAGAAUCUGCUGAUCAGACAGAAUCCAUUUACAGAGAUAGACUGAUACUGGUGAACAGAACAUGUCGUAACAGCGCGAAAGUCUCAACCCAUUAUAACUUUUUUAGUUCAAGUAAGCACGGUCUCUCGUAUUGCCAAAGCCCAAAGGUAGGCUGUACUCACUGGAUUAACAUUUUUCGCUUUCUCGCAAACGCAACUGGGGAUGUGUUGUAUAAGAGCCCAUUUGACAUUCCUAGAUUGGUAACGCAUGAAGGUAGUAAAAGAAGAAUGGAAUACACUACAAAAUUGGACAAAACAAUUAAUAGAAAUUUUAAAUUUAUGUUCGUCAGAAACCCCUACGCGCGCUUGUGGUCAGCCUUUCUGGAUAAAUUUUUUUUGCCAGAUUUUUGGAGAAGCGAAGGUGUUAUCAUUCAAACAUAUUUGAAAAAGCGUAGGGUCAGUUGUGCUAAGGGUAUAAGCUUUGGAGAAUUCUUAGAAUAUAUCGUGUCCAAACCCCCAUCCAAACUAAAUGAGCACUGGGCUCCUUUUAGAUACAUCUGUGAUCCCUGUGACUUCCAUCCAGAUUUUAUUGGAAAUAUGGAAACCUUUAAACAGGAUAAUAAGUAUAUUCUGGAAAAGUUUGGACUUGCUUGGAUAGCAGAUGAUAUUGUUUCACGCGAUCAUGCCAUGCAGGAAAUAAGGAUGUUGAGUGAAUACAAUUUCGAUUUACUGAAAGUCUAUAAAACAGAAUGUUUAAACGCCACCUCAUUGUCAAAACUUCUAUGGAAAACAUUCCAAAUAAAUGGUUACAUUCGUAUUAAUUCUAUAUUAGAGGAAAGUAAAAACUCAAACUGGAACUGUGAGACAUUCACCAACAAAGUCCUUCAACAACACAAAGCGGAUAAAUUAAGUUCCGAAAAGGCUAAAGAUCAAAAACUCGUUUAUAUGACAGCCGCUUACAGCCGUGUUCCUAAUUCUGUUUUGAUCAAGUUACGAAAACUAUAUAAAGACGAUUUUGAAAUGUUUGGCUACGACCCCGAGUUUAUCCCGUUGAACAGUCCAUCUCUAUUAUAGACUAUUCCUGAAUUAAGAAUAAAUUGCAUAACUAUUAUUAUGUAUAUAAAAAGAGAAAAGUUUGUUUGUUUGUGGGAUGGCUAGGAAACCAAACGGUUGACGUUAUAAAUUUUAAAAUAAGACAUAA